AUGUGAGCAUUGGGUGUGAUUUUGGUUUUCCGCUGAGUUUGCUGGUCGGAUGAAGAGAAUAUAAGGUGAGAUGUGGUCAUUUACUCACCACUUCAGUCCGAACAUCAAUCCUUGGUUCAGCCACCUAACUAUCCUACUCCUAAAAUCAUGGAAUCUGCCAUUAACGUGCUCGUCUCCCAGUUCAAGACUUACGCAGGGAAGGAUGGCUCUGUAAACACUCUGAGCAAAGACGAGUUUCAGAACUUGGUCACAUCCCAGUUACCAAACUUUGUAAAGAAUGCCUCUGACCCAGCCACCAUUGAUCAGCUGAUGAAGUCAUUGGAUACUAAUAACGAUGGAGAACUGACGUUCCUGGAGUUCUGGAAGCUGAUUGGCAGCGUGGCGAACCAGCAUGGCGGCUUUUAGCCAAUAAAGAGACCUGAAAUAUUAGUCUCCUCAAGAAAAUCACUUUAAUUUUACCUUGUGACUUUCUGAUGUAAUUAUAACACUGCGCAGUUAAUGAUUGUCCCAAGCAGGUGACAGCAAAUAAAAGAAAGCGUUGUAUUAUUCUCCUA